AUGGUUAAAGGUGGGAGGGUAGACAAGAAGCCAACGCCCAGCCUCACCGGCAUCAAUCCACCUCUACGUCUGACCACAAUCCUCUUAACUAACAUUGCUUCUCACUCAUCCAUGCAUCCACCUCCCUUGCCGUCUAACUAUCGUGCAUCCAACCGCCGAUCUUUGCCUCCAUCUAUCCACUCAACAUCGAAUUACUCGUUUACUAAUUCGUCCGGUUGUGGGGUUCAGAUUCGAGUGAAGUCAUGUUUAUGCGAAUGGCUCGCCGAGCUUUUGUAUCCUCGGCGUUGUUGCAGUUUGUCAGCCGUGGCCAAUGAUACUAGAGCGGUUGUAGAUUAUGCAUUUUUCCCCUAUGCCGGACCAGUGAUGAAGAGGUAUAUUUGGUCUAUUACAGUUAGCUGCGUAGGUGACCCUUCGAAAAUCACCGAUUGGCCAAAUGCACGGUUGACAAGACGCCAGGCCCCGGUCGGCAGGGCAACUUGUAUGCUUGGUCAUACUGACGAGUUCGCAUGGGGGUGUGAGCCGCACGCAUUCAGACACUGUAUGGCCGACAGAUUGGUAUGCAAUCCAGCACGCCUACUUCCAAUCCGUCGCCGUUAA